UUUGCACGCAAACAAAAUUGUUUGGUUGUUUGUUGUUUUUUAAAUGAUGCUGUGCCGUGGAGGAACAAGAGUGUGAAGAUAGUUUUCCACUUUUAAAGGACACAGCUAAACAUUUUCAUAACGAUUCCGAGCAGCAGGUAGUCAAAACUUCAGAAGAUGCAGAGCUGCCAGGGGCUGAGCAAGAUCUCUUUGAAACAUUUGUUUGAUUUUAGAGUGGAGCACUUCAAGAUCAUCAAGGGUCCGAAUGGUCAUCACUUGGCCAGUAAAUGCCAGGAAGAGAUUAAGAAAAAGUUACCUGCGUCCUCAUACGAGGACGUAAUGGCAUGGGUUGGCAGCUGGAUAACACGGCUAAAUGGGGAGAAUACAGUUCCUCCGAAAACAGCAUUGGUGCAGCAGGCUGACAGUGUAAUUGAGACUCGUCCUGCCAAGCAACCAGCAACCGAAGCAGCCCCAGACCAACCUCCGCCAUUCGUGAUUGACCUCUGUAGUGAUGAAGAUGAACCUGCAGAGACUUGCCAAAGUCUAGACAGUUUACUUGACAGCGAAUACAUUCAAUCAAAAGCAGCCUCGUUAAUCAUCCAUGAUGACGAGCUGGGCGAUAUAAAUCUAAAGGACUACGCGGACCACAUUGAUGGAAAGAUUGAUGUAGAAACUCUAAAGCAGCGUGUCGCUAAGAAAAAGAUUGCUAAAAGAUUCAGCCAGACUUCAAUAAAGCAGUAUGCGAAAAAAUUGAAGUUUCGAUUGAAGCCGAGAGUAAUCCGACCAAAACCGACAGCCAAAGAAGUCGAGAUCACUGGCAAGAUACAAAAAGGACCUAACGGAUCAGAACUAAAAUCAAAACAAGACAAGAACACCACUGGCAGGGCGCCAGACGAGCCCACCACAGAAGUACGCACUGGCCGAGUAAAGCUGAAAGCCAACGAAGACAGAAGCAUCGUCAAAGGCAAGGCUCAAUAUGAACCCACCAAGACAGUCUGCACCGAAAGAUCAAAUCUGAAAUCCAACGAAGUGAGGAUCAGCAUCACCCAUGGCAAGGCACCAGAGGAACCCACCACAGAAGAACGCACUGGCCGAGUAAAGCUGAUAGCCAACGAAGUCAGAAGCACCAUCACCAUCAGAAGCAAGGCACCAGAUGGACCUAGCAAGACAGUCUGCGCCGAAAGAUCAAAUCUAAAAUCCAACGAGAGGAUCAGCAUCACCGCUGACAAGGUUCAGGAUACGCCCACCAUAAGAGUACGCAAUGACCUUGUACUAAAUGGUAAUGUUCUGGCACCACUUGAAAAUACUCUGAUAGUUGAUGGGCCUGUAAACCAACCUGCAAAAUCUAAAGACUCCACAAGCUCAGCUGGCAAUCGAAAGCGAAAAGAAUGCGAAACAACAACAGAAGAUGGUCAGGGUAUGGCCAAAAGGCAAUCAAUUCAGUUAACUCGUACCAACCCAAGUGUGUAUCUUCAAUUGCCAACAAUCCAACUGCUCCUAGACGAGGUGGCACACUUCUCGGUUGGCCAAGGAAAUUCCCAAGCGCUGAUGCUCAUUAACCAGCUACGUCACAGCCUCCAGACAAGAGAGCAAAUGAUCUGGAAUGCAGCGAAUCUCCAUAACUUUUCGCUCGAUUAACAAAAGUCGCUGGAACGGCUGGGAAGAACUAUUCGUUCGUUCGUUCGUCUGGGAUAGCGUCGGAAUUAACGUGUUUUGUUUUUAAUCGAGCCUACGAUGUUUAUUUGUAGAGAAUAAGGAAUUUAUUUGUGGGCUUAAAGACUACGCUACGCCAUGUGUGCCCUUUUGAGGCUUUAUUAUAUGUA